CGCUCCACUCCGCCCAGCCAGCCAUGGGGAAGAUCACCUUCUACGAGGACCGGGGCUUCCAGGGCCGCCACUACGAAUGCAGCAGCGACCACCCCAACCUGCAAACCUACUUGAGCCGCUGCAACUCGGUGCGCGUGGACAGCGGCUGCUGGAUGCUCUAUGAGCAGCCCAACUACGCGGGCAGCCAGUACUUCGUGCGGCGCGGCGACUACCCGGACUACCAGCAGUGGAUGGGCCUCAGCGACUCGGUCCGCUCCUGCCGCCUCAUCCCCCACGCCAGCUCCCACAGGGUCAGGAUCUACGAGCGAGAGGACCACAGGGGCCAGAUGGUGGAGAUCACCGAGGACUGCUCCUCUCUUCACGACCGCUUCCACCUCAGCGAGAUCCACUCCUUCAACGUGCUGGAGGGCUGCUGGGUCCUCUAUGAGCUGCCCAACUACCGCGGGCGGCAGUACCUGCUGAGGCCGGGGGACUACAGGCGGCACCACGACUGGGGGGCCGUGGAUGCCAGAGUGGGUUCUCUGAGGAGAGCUGUGGAUUUCUAUUGAAAUACUUUUAUUCUAUUGUCUUCUCCAUCUGGAAGCGAAUAAAAUAUUUCCUGUGUGUUUCCUGCA